CACGUUAUAACACUUCAGAACAUUCACUGAUACAGUUGUCUCAUUGUUGCUGACACAACCGGAAACAUGUGCUGAUAUAUCAGACUUCCCAAGACGCGACUGUAGUUUCAUGAGCCCUGAAGUGAAAAACCAAAUCCUUUGAAAGUGCAGCGCACGAAAGGUCCGGCAAAUGUUGGAGGUCACACCGCAAGGUCACGUCAUAAGCCAGUUAUCUUUGUGCAGCUGUCAGUGGACACGCAAGAAUCGAACACACGAGGGCACUCUCGUCUGUACUUAUUAGAUAGUCAUAAAAGCAUAUCAUGGCAGGCGCCAGCCACGGGGCAGUGGUGGAGGUGGCAGCUGGAAGUGAUGUGUUCUAGCCAUAGUAAAGGUAUUUUGAACGUAGAAAACAUGGGACUAUAAGUGGGACCACUAAUAACAGCAUUGUCACAGAACGUAACGUGCAUACACGGCACUUCGGUUCGUUAGUCAGCCUGGCUGGUGAAUCAUUUGUACUGUAUUUAUCAAUAAUCACUGGCGAAGUCAACUAUCAACAAUAACUGAACAACUUUCAACCCUUGACCAGACUGGUACCCCAGUUGCAACGUAUUAUCAGGCCUGUACUGGUGUUGUUGUCUUGUGGUUCCAAUAGAUUCAUCACCGUUCAUGUUGGAUGUUUGCAGCAGAAUUUUGUCCGUUGCAUACCGGAUGUCUUUUCCAUCAAGGGAAGCUAUAGACCGGAUAGCAUCCUCCAAUGCAUGCACACGGCCUUAUAUGAUACAUGUUAAAGUUCUCAAAGUUGCAGGCUUACAUUCUGUCAUGAUUUACUGAGAGGAGUGCGUCUUCUGUUGUUGACCAUUAAUACUGGCCGGUAAGGUCUAAGUUACCUUGCAAGUCACAGGUGGCAUAGGUAAAUAGUAGCCAGAGAGAAAUCGUUUCCACACAGAUCCUUUCAUGAACUAUUACCUCACCCAAAUGGCAUCUUAUCAGGAAACACGUUACGAUCGAUGACCAUAACGAGCAUUUGAUAUUGACUGAAGAACUAUUAAAAUGGUGCCCCACAAAUUGGAUCCAUGGACCGCAAUCAAUAAUACUGGACUUCUUGUUUGAAUACAUUUAAGACAGGUGCAUCAUAAUGAUGCAUGCAUCAGCAGUUUGCUGGUAAAACGUUAACUUAUGAAAUAUUAAUCUUCAUAUUAAGCCAGCCCCUGUUUGACUAACUGAGUUAACAGGCUUUGGUUGGAAACCCUGUUUUUAAUAUCCACUGAACAUCCCUGGGGUUGCUCAUACCCAGUGUGCAUGAUGAAAUGGGAGCUGUUGACGCAAGAUAAGUCAUAGUGCGUGACUUGAAUGCAAACAAGAGAACAACUGAUUCGUGCUGCAGUUUGCUCCGAAAGCGAUAGGAAGCGUUACUGUGCAUUCUGCAUCCUUUUUCAUUUCAUUUCAAAAUGUCAGGUUCUGAAAUGUUAAUGAGCGUUGAUCCGACAGAGUCCGACAAAAAUGAUUUUCGACAGAUACGGGGUCGUAUACAGCACAAAACGACCUCAUAUCCUGGCAGAUACGUACAGAGAUUUUUCUGUAUUUUGGUGGCUGCAGGCGGAUCAGGCAAGGAAUCUGUAUUAAUCACUACUUAAUACUUCCACGCUCACAACUUUUUGAAUUCGUUCCUUUGUUUAGUUCAUUUUCAAUGAAAUAUUUUGCAUGUCCUGAUGACCGUGGUAUAUUUGAUAUAUUUCGUGAUACAUCUCACUACAACUUCGGUGUGAGAGCUAUUUGCACAAGGGAAAGCCACGCCCCUCCCACUGACAGUCAGCUGACCAAACAUUUGGUGAGAAUGGCGGCUGGGAAGAUAGUACUCGCUCUUGUGGCGGUGUUGUUAGCAGUGGUUGUGAAUCAUGUAACAGAGAUCAUCUCUGCACCAGGGAUGUUGAAGCACGUGUAUAACCACGUGCCGGGCACGUGUCGGUUUGUUCCCGGGGUAGAGCAGGGUUCAGAAGACAUCGCACUGACCUCGUCUGGGCUGGCGUUCAUAUCGUCAGGUCUGCUGCCGCCUGGCUUCAUUUUCGAUCCUGUUUACUUAUCCUUUGAGAAGAGAAUUCUCGCGUUUGACUUUAAGAAUCCCACUAAGGGAGCCAAGGAAGUCCAGAUCGUCCCACAGAGCGUUAUGGAAGACUUCAUGCCACACGGUAUUAGCGUUUACGAAGACAAGUCGGGAGAAGUUCGACUCUUUGUCGUGAACCAUGGCAAGGGUCACAAAGACAGAGUGGAAAUCUUCCGCUUCGAUGCCGACUCAAACAGCCUGCACCACAUGAAGUCUGUAAAGCACCCACUUCUGUACAGCCUGAAUGACAUUGUAGCCACGGGACCGGAGAGUUUUUACGCCACCAACGACAAGUACAGCACUGGUUUAUACGGCAGGAUGGCGGAGACUUGGCUUCUGAUCGCGUGGUCCAAUGUUGUCUACUACAGCGGCGGAGAAGCAACCAUUGUGGCCGACAGUCUACUGUACGCCAACGGUGUCAACCUCUCGCCAGAGGGCAAGCUCGUCUAUGUCGCAAACCCAGCCACUGCAGGAGUAACUGUCUAUCGCCGACAGGACGACAACACUCUACGGUUCAGCCACGACAUAAAACUACACACAGGUGUUGAUAAUAUCUUUGUGGACCCUGCCAACGGAGAUCUGUGGGUAGCAGCUCACCCUAAAGGAAUCCACUUUGCCAUACACAUGCAGAACGCGUCCCAUCCGUGCGGCUCGCAGGUGCUACGGAUACAGAACCCGGCGGGAGAGAACCCCAGUAUCACCGAGAUGUUCUCUGAUGACGGACGUGCCGGGUUAUGGGGGUCAAGCGUAGGAUGUUAUCACAACAAGCAGCUACUGAUCGGCACGGUUAACCACAGACUCAUGCACUGUACAGUUGACGUGCCACUGUAGAGUAGCCUACUUAUAGUCCCAGAGUAAACCAGUAUGUCACAAAUCGUCUAUAGAGACAUUUCAAGAAAUAUUGUAAUAUCGCAUUGAAAACUUGGAAUGUCAAGAUACCGGAAAGUAUAUUAAAAUGCUUCAGGAUUUUC